UGUUCCUCAAAAAAAAAAAAGUUUUCAUAGAUGAUGAUCUAAUCUCAAGUGACUCUGAGGGGCCAGGGCGCACAAUUUGCCAGCAAGCCUAACUCUUAAACCCCACAUCAAUAGGGAAUUGGGAAUUAGGGAAAUUAGGGUUUUAUCAUACUUCCCAAAAUCAUAGCCAAUUUAUUUCUUGCACCCUCUAAAAUGGCAGCUGCAAUCUCCAAACUUUCAAUUCUAAGAAAACCCAAAAUUUCUAUUCAUCCUUGUUAUUACCCCUGUCAAAAACUCUUUUGUAACCCAUCAAUUAGCCGGUUAUUUGCAGCAGCCACUGAAACUGUUGAUGAAACAGAAUUUGUGUUUAAGCUCUCUAAUUCAGAAAAUCACCCAGAACCAGGAGGUGAUUUUAAAGUUGCAGAAUGGAAGAAAUUGAGUUCUGAAGAACUUGGCAUUAGUACUUCAAUGAUUUCUAAGCCUACAAGAGUGGUCCUUAAGGAGCUCAAGAAAAAUGGGUAUGACGUUUAUCUUGUUGGAGGCUGUGUAAGAGAUCUUAUUUUGAAGCGCAUACCAAAAGAUUUUGAUAUAUUAACCUCAGCAGAGUUAAGAGAGGUGACAAGAACAUUUCCACAUUGUGAAAUUGUUGGGAAAAGGUUCCCAAUUUGCCAUGUGCAUAUCGGUGGCCAUGCUAUAGAGGUAUCAAGUUUUAGCACUGGACGACAGAUGCACAACAGGAACCAAAGUUUUUCGGUAGCAGGACCCAUUUCCUGUGACGUGAAGGAUGAAAUUCGCUGGAGAAACUGUAUGCAGCGGGACUUUACAGUUAACGGGUUGAUGUUUGAUCCUUUUGCAAGAUUAGUCUUUGACUAUUUGGGGGGCCUCAAAGAUAUUAAAAAGUCAAUAUUGCGGACUAUUAAUCCUGCGAGCGCCUCAUUUCGGCAGGACUGUGCUCGAAUUCUGCGUGCAAUUCGAAUUGCAGCCCGAUUAGGGCUUUCUGUUUCUCAGGAAACUGCUGAAGCUGUACAAGGCUUAUCACCUUUAAUAUUCAGGCUCAAUAAGGGUAGAAUUCUUUCGGAGCUAAAUUACAUGCUUGCUUAUGGUUCCGCUGAAGCAUCUCUAAGAUUGCUGUGGAGAUUUGGACUGCUGGAACUAAUUCUCCCUCUUCAAGCAGCGUAUUUUGUUUUCUGUGGCUUUCGGAGAUGUGACAGUAGAUCAAACAUGCUUCUGGCGAUGUUUGCAAAUCUGGACAAGCUUCUGGCAGCAGAUAGGCCUUGCCACAGUAGUUUAUGGGUCAUGAUUUUGGCUUUUCACAAGGCUCUAUCAGACCAAGCUAGGGUUCCUUCAGUCAUCGCUGCCUUCGCUCUUGCGGUUAAUAACGGUGGGCACAUUGACGAAGCAGUUACUAUUGCGAGCUCGAUUUCACGUCCAACGGAGCAAAGCUUUUGUGAAAUUCUAGAACCUCAGAAUUUGGAGAUAGCAGCAUUGAGGCAAGAGGUUCUAUCCCUUGUAGCAUCAGUACAUUAUGCACUUUCGGAUAUGACAAAUGUGAAAGCCGUGUCAAAUGCAAUGGCUAAAUAUCCACAGGCGCCUUACUCCGAUUUGGUAUUUAUCCCACUGGGAUUGUAUUUGGACGUUUGCAAGAUUUUUGAAUGCGUGGAGAAUGGUGGAGAGACCGGGCUUUUGUCCAAGCAAGUUGGUAAAAUAAAUUACGAGAUGUUAGCUGCUGGACAAUUGCAGGAAGUCCGACACAUUUUUGCUAGGGUAGUUUUCGAUACUCUCUACCCGAGUAGACUAGUUGAUGACCAUACUAAUGUGUAAGACUUAAGAGCAAUAGGAGAACGAACAUAUAUACUUGAAAAAAAUAUUUCAAACUGUAAAAUAUCGUACUUUCGGCAGGUUUUUUGUUCGGAAGAAUUCUUAAAAUAAUGAAAUGAGAUGCAUAGAAAAGGUUCUAUCUGAGGCUUGGCUUCGGAUCUUGUUA